GCAUCAGUGGCAUUUCUUCAGUUGAAGCUUUUGUGGCUGAUGCUAGAGUCUGGCCUCUGGAAGGGCGAGCUAGUCUGUUUCGGCAACUAGUGUAUUACUUCCAGCGUAUUACCUGCGGUAUCCUACUGUUCAGAGCACCAUAAAAUCUGUGUUUUUCUGGACUUUUAUUUAUUAAUUUUGUGUUUUUAUUUGACAUCGGAGAUGAGCCGGAGAAAACUGAGGCGGCUCCUCGAGGACCAGAGGCGGUGGAGGAGCCGUCAUGGAGAUCCUGAUGAUGCUUUGGAGACCGUGUUUGAGGAGAGGCUGCGGUCCGAGCGGAGAGGAGAGAGAAGAGCUCGUCAGGAUCAGAGACCUCAGAGGGAGAACAGAGAGAGAAGCCGUUCUCCCCUUCCUGCUCCCGACGCCGCAGAGAGACCAAACCCAGAUCAUCUCCCUGGUCAUCUUCAUCUCACCUUCCAUCAACCAGCAGAGAAUGGGCAGGAUCUCCCGGCCAUGGUGGUGGAGCUCACUACGCAGAACCUCCCGGCUUUCCUGGUGGAGAUCAGAAUGCGGAAUCUCCCACCCAUGAUGAUGGUGAUCGGCGGACAGGAUUUCACGCCCAUGGAGGUAGAGAUCAGCGAGCACAAUCUUCCAGCCACAGUGACCGAGAUCAACGAGGAGAAUCUUCCCGUCAUGGAGGUAGAGAUCAGCGGAUUCCCAUCUCACCAUACCACAGAGGAUGAAGCCACACAGGCGUGUGUGGUCUGCUUGAUGGAGUUUGGACAUGGAGAACGGGUGACUGUCCUGCCCUGCAGCCACAAGUAUCACACCAGCUGCAUCUACCAGUGGACGGACACAAACCCCAGCUGUCCUGUGUGCCGGAGAGACUGCAUCCCGAGGCCAGUCCUGUGGCGGAUCUCCUGAGUACGGCAGGAAGAUGAAGAUCUCCAGCACCGUACAGUGUGUUAUCUACCCCUGGAGAGUACGGUGGUUUGGAACCUUGCACAAGUGUUGGACCCAUACUGUGCAUGUGCAGCCUCCGUUUCCCAAUACGGAUUUGUAUCGCUGCCGUUGUUGGGGAGGGGUGGGCCCAGGAUCUCCAUCUGAGGUCUGAUAUUUCCUGGUCUCUUUGUAGUAGAUGUGGUGGUUGGCUUGUGUGACUUCAUGGGUCAUGCAGACGGCUGUUAGUGUCAUAGAAGAACCAAUACUGCAUCCUAGAAUGCAGCUCAGAUCAGUAAUGCAAGCCGGAGGCGUGACGCCUCCUGCUGCAUUACCAUAUUAGUACCUCCAGCCUCAUCUGAAUCAGGCCGCUGUGCUCCUACAGGCCAGUGCCCAUCUUAUGUGCGGCACUGGGUGGCAUCCUAUGCAUACACCACAACCGUCCUGCUUUGAGAAGGGUAGUCCUGCUUUUUGAGAUGGAGCUUUCCUUUGGCUAUGGAGCCCUGAUGGGCAAAAUAGAUAUUGAAUCAGAUUUUCGCAGCCGCUGCUCCAUCCGUCAGGUCUUUAGGUUUAUGGGUUUUACAUUGGAUGGUGUUUUAUGUUAGAAAAUCACGGUUUGCGUUAUCACGUAUUUAGUUUUGACAUCUAUUCUUUGGGGGUUCAAUCUGGCUGACGACGUAUUGUCGGAGUUUGGUAUUUGGAUAUCUCUGAACCUGUGGCAGGAGCACUGAUACUUGGAGUUGUGCUGUGUCGGGAGCUUGGUGGCCCGAUAUACAGAUGUGGCCACAUCUGUGCUAAACUAGCACUCUCGGCGUAGGCCAGGCAUAUCCGCGUUGCCGCAUUUGCCGCUACCAUACAUGCGAAUGGGGCGCAUGAAACAUGCGUACAUGCCCUGGACGCGCACAUGGUCGUGCCUAACAAGGCGCGAUCACGGUAAGAUAUAGCUACGGUGACUACAUCUGUAAUACCUACUUAUAGGAUAUGAGGAUGACUUGAGAACAGAGGAGAAGUUGUGAGAAUUAUCAGAACUGAUAUCAGGUUGUUAGCUAGACCCAGAGCAGGUGCGCGGAGAGUCUUACCCCACCGGUGGUCUUCUCCAGGGAACCCCGCAAGGGGAUUUGAGUUUCAUUGUACCUGGCAGGCCGGACGCGACCCCCUGACUGGGUCUCCUGGGCUAGAACUAUUGAUACUGAUGGAUGAGGACUGAACUGUAGAAGACGUCUGGAGAGAACUAUGGAUUUGGCUUGGAGUUGGACAGCUGAUGUAGCAUUAUCAAACUGAGAACAGAAUUGGUGUGCUGAUUGGGCUAGAACUGGAAUAAUAACACAUGGCAAUAUCGGACUGAACUGGAGUGCUGACCAGGCUGGAUCCGGAAUGAAGACACUGGUAGUAUAGAGAUGGUAUCGGACUGGACUGGAGUGAUGAUCGGGCUGGAACUAGAAUGAUGACCCUGGUACUACUGAACUGGAAUCGGACUGGAGAGGUACUAAGGACUGCAGGUUCUAAGGUAUAACCUGUGAACACUGAGGAGCGCAGUUACAAGGCUCACCCACUGAGCUGUGUGACAUAUGGAAUUGGCAACCUGCACAUUGAGAGGCAGGAAGCAUUAUAACUCUGUGUACUAUUGGCUGGAUGUGUCAGCUGACCUAAAGGCUGAGCGGGACCGGACAGAGUCUGGUCAGUUGACAACAACCAAGAUGGUGCUGCCUAUGUUCCCAGCCCAGUGGGAAUAGCGCCAUGCGGGAUGCCCCAGCCCCACCACAGUUGGGCACACCACGCUCCACAGCCCCAGCUGCCCCUGAUAACACUCCCACGGACAUGCAGGCAGCACGCUGCUGGAGCGUCUGAGCCCCCUGAGCGCACAAAAGCGGCCGGACGGGUAAGAAACGAGGAUUACCCCGAGACACACUACCAGCAGCCGUGACAUGUAAUAAUGCUGCCUGGUUGAGUGAUGGUGUUUUAUGUUUGAUGUCGCGUUUCGGUUACUGGGUUUGUUUUAAUAUUGCCGGUCAGGUACUUCCCAUGUGUAUGGUGUUUGGUAGGAGAAUUCACAGGGUAAUGGCGGAAGUGCGGUGGUCCCUCCAUUUCAUUUGGCUGGCUAGGGAGAUUCGUCAGUACAUUAUUUUGGGAUAUCUUUUAUUUUAUCAGUUAAGAGGAUAUUAAUCUGGGUUUUCCAGCUAGUUAUACAUCUGACUCUCCAGUUUAUUGCUGACAUUGACGGAUCCUCAGCUUUGGCCCUACAUUUUUUUAUGUAAGAAUGCGUGUAGUACCUGGGCCUGGAGAUUGGGUGAGUGAGGGCUUUGACGUGGAAUUUGCUACUUCUUGAGAUUUUCCCUGUAAUGGUGUCCAUGGAGUUAGGGGUGUGUGUUUGGAGAACCGGACAAUGUAUUCUGAUGCAACAACAUUAGGGUUGUGCUGGCUUUUAAUGGGCAGGAAGUGUCCAACUUUUCCCACUGUUUCAUGUUCUCAUGAGGAUUGCGUUAUAGUGGUUGCCGUUUUCAUAAUUUUACUCUGAGCGUGUGUUUGGGGUGGAGAAUGGCAUCGUUACUGCACUUCCUUGCUUGGAUGGGUGAAAUUUUGUCUGACGGACCCAGUUGGUGAAUGUGUUCUUAUGUGUGCCAUGUGAUAUAGCUGACAUGGAGGGUCUUGCUCACGGGUCUUGGGCUCCUGCAACAUAUUCAGCUUUAUGUUUUGCGGGAGGAUCUGUGGGAGCAUUGAGGUGGCAAUCGAUUACUUUGACUCUAGCAUUUGGUAUUGAUGGGCUGCUGUUCUGGCAGCUCAUGAAGGCAGUUUGUGAUGUAUGUUUCGUCAUGGUCUGAGACCUUUUUAGAUUGUCCUUUGCCAUGGCCUUCCAUGGAGCAUUUCAGGUUGGGGAGAUUGCCGCUUCAUUUGGAACGGUGGUUUCUCAUUUGCUUUUGUCGCAUGUUUUGAUUUGUGAGUGUGCAAUGUUUCCUGACUGACCAGCUCAGUAGGCGACGUUGGGAUUUUCAUUGGAGCGCUGCUCUCAUUGUAGACUUUAUCCGGUGGUCUUGGCAGUGUCUUCUUUAUGGCUCUGUCCAGAUGUUGCGGGUACAUGGUUGAGGCACACUGAUGCAUCACCGGUUACUCGCUAGCAAUUCGGUUGUGAUUUGGACCAUUGCAUCUUGGCACUGGGUCGUUCGCCUGUCAACUGUGGAUCACACUCAUUUCGCAUUGGCACCACUAUGGCUGACACUGCAGCGGGCUGGUCCAUGGUCAUAAUCCAGGUGCUUGGCAGAUGGAAGUUUGAUGUGUACAAGACAUACAUCAGACUUCAGUCUGGAUCUUAAUCCUUACUUGAGGACUAGCUACUCGCCACCUUUGGUGGGGGUCUCAAGGAAUUUUUGUUUUACCACCAGUUCUUAACACAGGCUUAAGCCGGCUGGUGGAAGUUUUAUGUUUUUGCCUUGAGUCAAGUAAGGAUCCCCCCUCACCCCCCUGUCACUAAGUUAGGCCCCGCCCAUUUAGUGCUGUUGAUUAGUGGUUACUGCUGAUUUGCUUGGUUUGGUUUGGUUUGUUGGUUUACCGGGUUCUGCGGUCAGUUGGUUUACCAUACUGAUACUGGUCUGUAUUCUUCCUGAAGGUACUCAUAUUGGUGUCUUUUUAAUGGGUUUUGGGUCAUUCACAUGUGUUUUUGAUUGUUUUGUCUAGUAGCGGUGUUGGCUUCGGAUGGAGGAGGCUAGGCGUCGAUACCAGUUUGGUCUAAGGGCACCACCGGACCAGGUGGGUCCUUGGCCUCUCUGGGGAUGGAUUAGUGUCUCAAGGUGAUAGUGAUGGAGGCAGUUGGUCUUUCCUCUUGCAAAUUGUUUGGCAGAGAUGAGGGCAAGUGGCCUCAUCCUUUCAAAUCUGUGUGAGUUGGCCCAUUUGGUUUAUUAUGUUAAGAAGUUAUUCCUUUAGCUAGGCCAUUCUUCUCCCCCCCCCCGCCACCAUACUCAAUUUUAAGCCAAAAUUUAAAAUCCCUUAAAUAAAAAUCUGACCCCUUUCACUCCAA